AUGUCGAACCUAACUCCUUUAUUUAAUAAGUACGUUGAAGUUAUCAAUGAAAGUUUAGACAAGUCUGUUAACGAUGGAUUGACGUCAAAUGAGAGUUCUCGCAAUGCUAUGCAGUUGAAAUUGGAUGAUUCUUUUAUUAAGGAGUGUUGUGAUUUAUUGAAAGUUUCUUCUGAGCUCCGUAAAGUACUGAGAGUGGUUGAACAAGAAUAUAGGAAUGAGAGUGGGAUGUCUGAGAAUGAGAAGGAUGAUAUUGACACAGAAUUAAGAUUGCAAUUGCAAAAAUAUGUACAAAAGUUUAAACAUUUGCAGGACUAUGAACAGAAAAGACAGAAGUUAAUUGAAGAUGAAGUUUUAUCCUCGAAAAACAACAUGGUAUACUUCCUUCAAGGUAAGAAUUCUGACAAGGUAACCUUAUUCCAUCGUUCUAACAACGAGUUUAGAUCAGGUAUACUUCAAUCAUUGAAUAUGUGGUUAAAUUCAGUUUCAAAUAAGCUUACAUCAAUGCAGCAGGAAAGAUUGGAUUCUCAAAGGAAAUUCGAUGAACCAAUAUUUAAUUCUAUUCCUUCUGAGCUAGAAAUCGAUUCUCCUGUAUCUGUUUCUGUGACUCAAAGCCAACCAUUAGAAACCACCAAAGACGAAGUGAAACAUUACGAAGAAACUAUUUCUAAACUAACGCAAGAACAAAUUCAAUUGUUGGAAACAGAACAUGAAGAACUGCUGAAUCAUAAGAAUGAUCAGCUGAAGAAGGUUGAAAAUAUUAAUAAAACAAUAUUGGAGAUUGCGACUAUUCAAAACGAGCUGGCUUCCCAUUUACAAGAACAAUCACAAAAUAUAAAUAACAUCUUGGAUAACCAAGAUACUAUAGAGGUUAAUAUCCAAGAAGGUAAUAAACAAUUAACAAAAGCCAAAAGGGCAGCUGGAAGAACAGCUAAAAUGACUACAUAUAUGGCAAUAUUACUGGGAUUAUUCAUUUUACUCCUUGAUUAUGUAGGUUGA